AUGAUUUUUGAUAGCAUUGAAGAUGCUUGGAAGUUUUGGGUUGGUUAUAGUGGAAAAGUUGAAUUUGGAGUGAAGAAACAAUAUUAUCACAACAACAAAAAUGGUAUAAUUACUUCUUACAAGUUUGUUUGGAAAGAAGGUUUACGAAAACCAGAUAAACGGGAUUAUAAAACAAUCAAUCCAGGGACGGAGACUCGAACAAAUUGUCAAGCAAGAUUAGGAAUUAAGAAUAUGGAUGGUAAAUUUAUGGUCGUUUAUUUUGUGAAGGAACAUAAUCACAAUUUACAUUUACAAGAAACAACUCAUAUGUUGCCAUGUCAAAGGAAAGUCUUUCAAAUUCAAUGUCAUCAAAUUGAUUUAGCCGAUGAAGAGGGAUUACAACAAAGGAAGUUGUUUGAUUUGAUGAGUAAAGAAGUGGGAGAUAGAGCUAACUUGAGAUUUAUUCAUCUUGAUCAAAAGAAUUAUCUUUGGGGGAAAACGCAAAGGAGUAUGGUACAUGGAGAAGUCGAUUAUCUAUUGCAAUAUUUCCAAAGAAAGUCUAUGGGAAAUCCAACUUUCUAUCAUGCAUAUCAAAUGGAUGCCAAAGAACAAAUUACCAAUGUGUUUUGGACAGAUGCACUGAUGCUAAUUGAUUAUGAGUAUUUUUGUGAUUUUGUAUCUCUUGAUUCAACAUAUUGCACAAAUAGUUCACAUAGACCACUGACACUAUUCUCGGGAUUUAACCAUCAUCGAAAAGCUACGAUUUUUGGGGCUACUUUAUUAUAUGAUGAAAUAGUUGAGUCAUACAAGUGGCUCUUUGAGACCUUUUUAGAGGCUCAUAAGGAGAAAAUGUCAUAA